UAUUUUAUAUUAAAAUACAAAAGAGAAUAAUCUUUAAUUAUUGUUUAUUAUAAAGGUAAUGAAGGUUGCUAUGGAGGACUGAUGGAUCAGGCAUUUAUCUAUGUAAUGGCAAAUAAAGGCAUCGACACGGAAGAUUCUUAUCCGUACGAAUCUACGGAGAAGGAAUGCAGAUUUAAACGUUCGUCUGUGGGUGCUACUUGUACCAAUUUCGUGGAUGUUCAUAAAUAUGACGAAGAAGCCUUGAAACAAGCUGUAGCAAUCAUUGGUCCAAUUUCAGUAGCUAUAGAUGCCAGUCAAGAUUCUUUCCAAGAUUACCAGUAAAUAUAUAUAAUUUUAAC